CUUCAUGAGAAUGUUGGACAUCCAGAUAGAAAGUCAUGGAACCAUGUUUCAAUGUGCAUCCUGAAUGGAGGUGGGAUACGGUCACCCAUUGACGAACAGACCACUAAUGGUAGCAUUACUGUGGAAGAUUUGCUGUCUGUUUUGCCAUUUGGAGGUCGUUUUGAUUUGGUAAGGGUAAAAGGCUCCACUCUGAAAGAAGCUUUUGAACACAGUGUGCACAGAUAUGGAGGCGGAAGCGGAGAGCUGCUGCAGGUUGGAGGCAUCCAUGUGGUUUAUGAUCUCUCCAGAGCCCCAGGAAGUAGAGUUGUUAGCUUAGAAGUGCUUUGCACGGCCUGCCGAGUCCCAGCCUACGUCCCACUCCAGAUGGAUGAAAUAUACAACGUGACUCUUCCAUCCUAUAUGUUAUUUGGAGGAGAUGGCUAUCGUAUGUUUAAAGACAAAAAUCUGGGAUACAGUAAAGGUGAACCUGAUAUUGAGGUUGUUUCCCGUUACCUCCAGAGAAUGAAAAGAGUUUACCCAGCAGUUGAAGGUCGAAUAAAGUUUUCUUCUGGAAGUCUUACUGAGGGAAGUCUUACCCUGAUUUCUGUAUUGUUCACUGUAACAUUCUUGCAUACUUGA